AUGCUGCAACCUUCCCGCAACAACUCUGCGGCAGGAUCUGCGCCUCACAACCUCGAUGGCUGCAAGGACGAUGUGCUUGAGACGCUCGAGGCUGCUGGGGUCUCGCAAGCCGAGCUUGUGCUUUGUGGGCAUUCCUUCGGCGGGAAGGUGGCCCUGGCCGUCCUUCGUGCUUUGUCAGCCCAAGGCAAGCCUCCCAGGUGCACUUGGAUAUUUGAUUCAGUUCCAGGACUUCCAGCAGAAUCCUCUGCAGAAGAGGAACGUCGGCUGCAAAGUGUGAACUUCGUGCUUGGAGCUGUAGCCUCUGCGGCGUCGAGGCGUUUCAGCAGCCGCAGCGAUCUCGUGGAGGUCUUGCAAGAAGAGCACGGCCUUGCGCCGCCUGCAGCGGCGUGGAUCGCUCAAUCAGUUCGCCAAGUGCCGGAUGGAGUGGAGCUGAGCUACGAUAUGGAAGUCGUGCGAAAGAUUUAUGAAGCCUACCGUAGUACGGAUAUGUGGGAUCUGCUCCAGGAGGGCAAUGCAGAAGUUGGCAUCGUGGUGGCGGGCCGUAACAGGCAGAGCUGGGGACCGGAAAACCUUCAGCGACUGGAGAACUGCCACCAGGGCGUGCAGGUGGUCACACUGGAAAAUGCAGGGCACAACGUUCACGUGGAUGAUUUACCGGGUCUGUUGACUGCGAUAACUCCGAGCUUCGCAUAA